UGGGGGAGCGGGGGAGGGGCGGGUUGCGGACAGCAUAUGCUGUAGAGAUUUGAUAUCUUAAUGGUAUUGGGUAUUCUACCAAAAAAAAAACCCUAUUAGAUACCCCAUGGCCCAUUCCCCACCGUACUGUAUGCGUAACGGCGCUCUCGUGACUCGAGGUGACUCGGCUUGAGGCUGGCUCGUGCUUGCUGAAGUGCCUUUGUCAUGUAUUACCGCUGGUCCUUCGUCAGGAAGAGAAAUAAUCGAGCGAGUGUGAAAUUAGAUUAUUCCCCAUGGAGCGAUAUCUUGUACAACAAGUAGAGCUGUUCAGAAGUUUUUGUUAGCCCGAAAAGAAGGCGGGAAUGGCAGAUCAAAGCGUAGGCACAGGAAAAUUUGCCGGCCUGUUACUUCUUCUUCAAGGAUUGCUGAUAAUUUUGUUCGUAGUUUUUGUGGGCUACAGCGACGAUCUCCUUACAGGACUGCCAGAACAGGCCGAACAUGGGAUAAAGAUCGAGAGCAACUAUUCUGUGUUCGAAGGACUCCAUUUCAUGCUUUUUAUCGGGUUUGGCCUUCUUCUGACAUUUCUGAAGAAAUAUGGAUUUAGUUCCUUGGGAUAUAAUUUUCUUAUUUCCGCUCUGGUUAUCGAAUGGUCCACGAUCAUGCAAGGAUUUUUUGAAAUGAAACACAACAAAAUUCCUCUCGGAUUACAAAGUAUGAUCAAGGGAGACUUAGCUGCAGUUGCUGUGACAAUCACCUUUGGAGCUUUGCUUGGUAAAACAAGCCAUCAUCAACUACUUGUUAUAUCGUUUAUCGAAGUGGUUCUUUACUCAGUUAACAGAGCAAUCGGCACCAAAUUUUUCCAUGUGAUGGAUGCUGGUAGCUCUAUAUAUGUUCAUACAUUUGGUGCCUUCUUUGGUUUGGGGGUGUCACGGGUUUUGUACACUCGCAAAAUUGUGGCUCAUGAUAAAGAGACUUCAAGAUAUACCUCUGACCUUUUUGCAACACUAGGAACAAUUGUCUUAUGGGUGUGCUGGCCAAGUUUUAAUGCUGUGCUUGUUGAGGGAGUGUCAAGAAACAGAGCCAUUGUGAACACAUACUACGCAAUCAUAACAAGUUGUGUAACAACCUGUGCAUUUUCAUCUUUCAUGACGAAGGGCUCAAAACUCAGUAUGGUUCAUCUCCAAAAUGCAAGCCUAGCAGGGGGUGUGGCAGUGGGUACAAUUGCACCCAUGAUAAUUCAGCCAUGGGGUGCAGCCCUGAUUGGGUUUGUAAGUGGAGCUAUGAGUACCACCAGCUUCAAGUAUGUCCAGCCUUGGUUGAUAAGGAAGCUUCGAGUUCAUGACACGUGUGGUGUAAAUAGCCUGCAUGGAAUCCCUGGGAUCCUUGGAGCAAUUGCAGGAAGUAUCUCUGCAAGUCUUGCCAGCUAUGAAAAGUACAAGACAAGUCUGUACAAGAUAUUUCCAGCAAGGGCACCUGUUGUCAAUAGUACCCAGUACUUUGAGUUGGUUGAAUUUGACCCAGAUGCUGUGGAUGGCCUGGGAUGGAGUGCAGGGCAACAAGCAGGUUUCCAGUUUGCUGCUUUAGCAGUUACACUAGUAGUGGCAAUAUUAGGUGGAGUCUUAACUGGUAAGCUAGUUCUAGGGUGAUCAAUACCUAAAUUAAUGCUACAUUCUCAAUACUUCAUCAAGCAGCAGUUGAUGAGAAUUAAGACAGUCAUCAACUAGGGGAAAUUGUCUUGAGGGACCUUCAAAUUCACAGAACUACAAUUUAAAGACAUUCGCGUGGAAAUGUUUUACAGUAAGGACACUUGAACUGUGAAUACUUGACCUUUUUUUGUACCUUUUUUUUUAUGACUUAAGAAUUUUUUUUGUGUGAAAAUACAUUCUUUAUUGACACACAUAAACCUAUAUACAGUACAAUGCAAUAAAAAUGUACAAAAAAAUGUCAAGUGUUCACAGUUUGAGUAUCGUCACUGUAAUGCACACAGAAUUUUUGCAAACUUUUGUUCCAGUCAGAUAACGGGUUUCUUGUGUCUGAAAUGCAAGAAAAAACUGGUGUCACCAACUUCA